AUGAAACAAUGGGCAAUGAGUAAAUCAAAAGGGGGACGGCGGAAGAACGUCGCUUUCCGGCCGCUCUUUCCGGAGCCAGCAUGGAGUCUCUACUCCUUCAAAAGGUCAUUUCUCUUCCCCUUCACUCCACCAGGCUCUGGUGUCCAACUACCGCCUGCUUCGGGCCCGAAUUCGCCCCGGGGAGGAGGUCUCUUGAAGCUGCCGAGGGCUCACGAUGCCGAAGUAGCUUUCCUGCUUUCCGGAAUUCGGCCGCUCCGCUUUCCCUGGUAGGUAUGCGAAUCAUCCGUCUUCUAGACCUGAGUUAGGGUUCUCCUGUGGUGAGGCGACCUUCGAUUCGUGCGGCAUCCUGUUUCCAUGGACAUGGAUCUGUUCUGGGAUUCCCGCUACAUUUGAUCUCGUUCGGUGCCAUGUUUUUCCAUGUCAUGUGAGAGAAUCACAGCCAGUCGCAAUGCACAGAUCGGAGAAUUUCUCUUCUGUGAUCGACAUGCGGUUUCUGGGGCAUCGAUCUUAAUGGAAUUGCGACUUCUGUUCACCAAAUGUUCAUAGAUGGCGAGGAUCUUCGCAAUCAGAUGAACUGAUGAUCAUUCCUUCAAGCCCUAGCAUGGCUAAUGCGGGAGACUCUCGUAUGGCUUUUCAGGUGACAGACUGAACGAAUGAUCAUGCAGUGAAUCAAGAAAUGUGGACUACCGGAUUCCAUCGCCCUCCUCGAGGAGGACCCUCUUACCACGCAGGGGGCAUGUUGCAUCCUCAAGAUCUUGGCCAUGAGGAUGGUGAUAGUGAGCACUGAUCCACAGCUCUCAACUCUAGGAAUAUGAAGGUUGUACCCAUCUGCAGGCCUGGGAACCCACUUUACUAUUAUUGGUACAUUCUCUUGUUUCAGGCCUCGAAGCUUCUCGGAACCAUCAAGCGAUUUAUGAGAAAAUCCAGGUAUUUUCAUGUUUCUUUCUUCAUCUGCUGUAAGAAAUAUAGUAGCUGUGCUUAUUUUAUUUACUUUUAUUUUAAAUUAAUUAAACUGGAAAACUUCAGUAAACUCCCCACCUAAGAUCAAUCAAUCGCUGCUUCAUGGUAAUAAAAAUAAAAAUAAAAAUAAAAAUAAUUUGGCGACUGAGAUUACCAUCCAUCCAUCAUCCACCCACUUGAGUUUUAUGCAUUAACUUAGUUCAGUUUGCUCAUGGAAAAGAUGUCUGUAGGCAUUAGAAUUGAUGCAGAAUGGGCCAUCAUGCGAUUUUGAUUUCAGAUUUCAUUGCAGGUGAAGAAUCAGCCCGCCAAACAAGCCUUCAACCCUGAUCCUUACUGCAUUACCAUGAAAAGCUUUCAUCGUAACUCAGCCCAACAGGAGACACACAGGGUCGAUGCCUGUGCGAUGGGAGUGAGAACAAGUGAUCAUACGAAUGGAAAUCUGAGAAACUUACUCAGAAAGAACAGUCAUGGAGGAAUUUCGACUAAGCAUGAGCGACUCAACAUGAUGAGACCCCAUCGUCGUGAGCACCCACAAGAGGAGUUGCUACAGAGAUUCAAGGAGGAGUUCAAGGCAUGGCAAGAGGCCAGGGUAUGGGAACUGUAUGGCAGCCAUCUGAAUGGAAGAAACAACCAGAGUGAGGCCCCAGAUGGAGCCGCAAGGAGGGCUUCUUCCCUCAGGAAACCUGUGGAGUACUACUCGCCCUCAGGAACAUGGAGGAGCAGCAGACCUGAGAAUAUGAGCAAGGAGCACCUAUCUAGCCUGGUGGAGGCCAGAAAGCCAAGAAACAGAGAAAACGCAAAUGAUUUAGGAAGAAGAUUCCCUGAACUGAAGUUCAGCAAAAGAGUGGACAGAUCUUCCUCUCCCACAAGAAUAGUAAUCCUGCAGCCCAGCAGUGAUAGAAGCGAGGAUUCUGAGGAACAGUGGCCUUGCUCUUCAAGGGAAGAUAGCAUCAAGUAUUUUCUGGAAGAGGUGAGGGAGAGGCUCGGAUCUGAACCACAUGGGAACGCUAGGAAUAAGAUCAGGCCUAGAGAAUGCCCAAAUGGGGUUCCUUUCAGUCAUGUCAGGGAGAGGGGGAUGGGCGAUUUGGGCACAACUCUGCUGCAAACUGGAUCUACACGGUCUUAUGGAAGUAGGUGUGGACUAGAAGGAUCAAAUCCUGCAGAGUUUGCUGAGAGAGAUGGUCAAAGACUCCUGCCUGAUGGACUGAGGAACAUCAAUGGAAGGCGGCCAUCAACUGGGUCAUCGGUGCUAGGUGAUUACAGCUACUAUGGAGAUGUGAAGGGUGAGCUGGAGGUGAGGGCGCAGUCCUUCAGAGAAGGGCAGGUGAGCCAGGUUGUGGGAGGUGGCGAUCAGAAUCUAUCUGCAAAUCUUGUGAGAUGUUUUUCUGCACCAAUGUCGGAAACAGCUCUGGGAAGGCUUCUAUUGCGGGAGCAAGAUAAUUUGACGGGAGCUCACAUCCAAAGGCAACUUGAACCAGUUGAAGAGCCGACUGUGGAAGUGAGGAAGCUCAAGAAAGAUGUGUUCAACCUCCGAGGGAAGAUUUCGUACCUGAGGCGUGCUCUGACCCUUCCAGGUAAAUUAUUCAGAAGGAAGAAUCGACCAGCAUAUGAUCCAGCAGAAGAUAAAACUGAUCCAAUAGAGACCACUGCAACCCCACCGUCAUUAAAGCUGCACUCUGGCAUUGCACGGGCAAGAAGGGUAGGAAUUUCUCAAGUUGUUUUACCAUAUGGAAUCAACACUACUUUUCCACACACACACACACACACACACAUAUAUAUAUAUAUAUAUAUAUAUAUAUAUAUAUAGUUACCAUUUCCCUGAUCUCAGGAUAACUCCACUGAGGUGCCCCCCAGCCCUGCUUCCAUAUGCGGAAGCUCUUAUGAGGAGGUGUGGAAGCCGGGCUUUCCAAGUCCAGUCUCUCCUCUGGAGAUGUCCUUCAAUGAGGAUUACCCUAUCCAAAUCUCCGAGGAGAUCGGCUCUGAGACUCCUGGUGAGAGCAGAAAGAUUUUAUGCUUGCAUCUAUGCAUGUUUCUAUGAUUCAGUAAACAAUCAUAGAAAAAGAGACAGAUGAAUGAGAUAAUCAAUAGUGCCCACAGUUUUUCUUUGUACAUGCCUAGAUCAUUUCAAGCCGUCUCUAUAGAACUUAACUUCUGAUGUUCCUUCUAAUAGUCAUUUUCUAUGCACUUGAAUCAUCCCCGUUUCUGAAAUAGUACUUUUCUUGGGAAAAAAACUUCCAUUUUUAUUUUUCUCAAUUGCUUACAGAGGUGCCGAGCCAGUCAGCGCCAGUUGAAGCCCCUGGAUGUGAAGAAGCCUCCAAUGGGGAACAGCUGGAAGAGCUCCAUGAAGAUGAAGACAUGAAAUCCCAUGAGGAAAAUUACCUAAGACACAUCCUCCUGACUUCUGGUCUCUACAACCAGCCCCUUAACCUAAUUAUUGCACUCUGCAAUUCACCCACAGAGCCGCUUGCUGAAGGGGUGUUCGAGGAAGUAGAAAAGGAUUAUAUUGGAUCUGACAAGGUGAAUGAUGAUGUAAGCCCUCUUGAGACCGUUUCUUCCAGGAGAAUGCUCUUUGAUCUACUGAAUGAAGAACUCUUCUGCCUGGUAAGCUCACCGAUUUCCAGUUCAAUGAAGAGAAGGCCUCUGAGAGGUGGUGAAGAACUGAUGAAAAGUCUAUGGCAACGGCUAGAGAGGAGCCUCCGUCCAACUGCGGGCGAGUCCAGCUCAUUAGAAAGCCUGAUAUCCAAUGAUCUAAGAGUGGAGCCUUGGAUACCUCACAAGGGCAUGGAUGCAGCGGGUGAAGCUGUGGAGGGCAUGAUUCUGUCUCAAUUGAUAGACGAAUUCAUUGAUGAUCUUUGUGUGCCAUGGCUUUCCGAUGAUUGUUCUCAGUGA